AUGGCAAAUCAAACGGCAGUCACCACCGGGCAAGCUCCUUCUCUGUGUCUCUUCAGUCAGGUUUCAGCAAGACCAGGAGAUUCUAAGUUGAUAUUUAGGAUAAUCCAUUUAUGGGAAGCUAGAAACAAUUCGAAUGAAGGCAUACUACUUGGGUUCGGUACUGUAGCUCAGGGAUUCAUCCCUAAAAACCGUCUCAACCGAUAUGAGAAUGAUCUCGAACAUGGCUGCAUCUACACUCUCACAAACUUCUUUGCAUCCAACAACAAGGUGAUGUACUGUGUGGAUGAUCAGAAGCUG